AUGCCCAACGUUCUUCGUGAAUCCCACGAACGUUUUCAAUUAGCUCGAAUAUUCCACCAAAACAUCAUUAACACCACCCAUGCCUCCCGAAUCGCCCAAAACCCAGAAGAUCGAGCCCAAAUAGUUGCCCUUGAUGAUGAAUCACAAGCAAACAUUGACUCACUCCCAGCCCUUUUUGUCGAUUGUGAGACAACGCUGAAAGAGCAAGCUGACAACAUGAAAGUCAUCGGAAAAAUCAUCAAGGAGGACAACUUCUACAACACCGUCGAGGAAGACACUGCUCAAACAAACAUUGUUCAAAAUAUGCUUGAUGGCUUCAAGUACACUUUUGGUCUUCUCAAAAAUGUCGAGUGGCUAGGAAGAACCUUACCUGGCGUAGAAACAGAACUGUGA